AAGAAAGGAUCUGGAAACGAUCAUCUUGUUGAAGCACACAUGAUUGCUCAGAGCAAUCGAAGUUCGCCUGUGGGGCUAUGCGCGAUUUAGGAAGUCCCUUUAGAUUGCCAAAUCUGAUAGAGGGUCACAAGCCAAUCAUUCAUGAACACCAUUCUUCGCUCCAAGCUGACGAGCUGGAGAAGAGGUACCCUCUUGCAGCGCAGAGCAAUUACUGCGCAGAGCUGGAGGAGCUGCAAGAAUUAUUACACUUUCCCGAAGAGGUCGCUUUACGCUUGGCUGACACAGAAUACCAACUCUUUUACCAGGUCCCACCGAUUGAUUACCUCCGUCAGGUGACGUUAGAUUUAGGCGGAGGCACCGGAACUUCAUCAGAAACUCUUUCAGGGAACUCCUCAACAGCAAGAUCAUCAGUAGCAACACUAAUUAAACGUUUUAAUGAGGUUAGCGCUUGGAUAACACAAUUAAUUAUAUCCCAACCAACUCACGAUGCAAGAAGAGCAGUUUUAUCGUGUGUCCUUCGAGUCGCUUUGUCCUCGUGGAAUAUCGGAAACUUCAACGGGGCGAUGGAAAUCAUCGCGGGCCUCAAAUCGAAUAAACUUAAACCAUUUUGGUUAUCGAUUACUGAGAAAGAGACGCUUCCGGUUUUGGAUUUUUUGUCGGCGGCUUUGCUCUCUGCGGAAUAUGAUCGAGCUCUUAGCAGGGCGUUAGCGAUGGCCGAAUGUCCGGUUGUGCCAUUUUUUGGGGCAUUUUUACGCGAAUUAAGAGAAAUCUUAUCAAGUCCGCUUCUACAUGAAACUCAAACGAAUACUACAGUAAGCGGAAAUGAACCAUCUCCGAUGAUUCCGCAUAAGAUUCAAAAAUCGGAUGUUAGAAGACAAGAAAGGGACCAACAACAACAAAGACAAGUCUUUAUAUCAGAUUAUAACGGCGAGGACCAACACUUCCGGCCCAUAGGACCCGGAGGUCUCAUCAAUUUGGAAAAAGUUUAUCGAACCCAAGCGGUUAUGGAUCAUAUCGCACUGUGCCAUCAGCACUAUCAUUCAAGAAAUCGUUUAUCUUCCACUUUUACUCUACUUGAUUAUUUAAAGUCGACGGUGACUCAAAAGCAACGAGUCCUGUCUGCAUAUCCCGCUGAAAAGAUCGAGUUGGAUCAAGAAUACGAAUGCGACGUGGACGAUUACCAUCCCGUUCAACCGCUUAUCCACGAUCACGGAGUCAGCUUCGUAUGUCUUUCAUCGCCACAUACGAAAAUUGACCAACACGUUAUGCAGAUUUUACACCAUGGAAGUACCGUUUUAUUAUGGGAGGGUAUCGAAGGACUUCAACAACCAUCAUCGCCGAAAGGAUUGUUACUUUACUUAAGAUUAGACAGAUCGUGUACCACAUUGACGUGGGUUAGACCUAGUUGGAGCGGUCUUAAAGCGGGUUACGCAACGGACGGCGACCCUUUUUCGACCGAUUUCAAUUUAUCGUUUAAUCCGGAAGACACUUUAGCCCCCGGUUUAUUGACCAAAGUCGCCCUACAAUCAUCCGGCGAACAAUCAACCGGAACAACCAUCGAUGAUGGAUUUUUAGAUCUUUUCGUAAUAAAAGAGGUCCAUUUAGGCGGGCGAGAUUUAACAAGUGACUUAGAAUUAUGUUCCGUUGCAAGACGUUACGGUUUAAUUCAUGAAACCGGAAGUGAAUGUGCUUUAACCAUUCUUUAUGGAAAUGGUAUUAGUGAUAAUCGAUUAUUGUAUAUAGUUUGUCCACCAACAAUUUGCAGAGUGUGGUUUAGCGGAUUGUGUUGGUUAAUUUCCGGUUUAUCUCGUCAAAAUAAUUUAAGCGAUCGCCGACUUUUAUGGUUACGUGAACAAUACAUGCAACUUUACCACGAAGAAGGUUACUGUUGUGGUCCUUUAGCCGCGGAUGCGAUAAGAUCUUUCGGUGGGAGAGAUUGGUCUUUGGCUGGGAUGAGCGCCGCGGGCGGGCAACCGGGCGAAACGUCCGGUUUAAGACGAGAGGUUUCGAUGAAAAUCAAAAAGAAACAAAUUUUAUCGAACCAAGCGUUCAAGGUAAAAGACAAAAGCUUGAAGUAUCAAUUCGUGGAGCCCGUUACGAUGUGCAUGGAAAGUAGUUAUUGGAGAAAUCCGACGCAUCACAGACAAAGUACUCCAACCACUUUUGCGGAACAUCAACCGGAUGUUGCGAGACAUCACAGUUUAGGGCACUUAGCUUAUAAUUAUUCACAACCAAAAUUCGAAAGGGAAAGACAUGGUUCAACAGAACAUUUAUGGCACGGAAGACAUCCUCGAGUUGGAUCGAUACUUUACGAUACUCAAUUAGAUUUUAUCGACUUCGUUACAUUAUUUAGAUCGUUUAGUUUAUUAAUUCGUAAAGAUUUACGCGAUUUAUUCGAACAAUUGGCAAUAUCAUAUCGAAGUAUGGCUGUGAAUACGAGCGGAUCGAGUUUACCCGCGCCAAAUUCAACAACGGCGAAAGUAAACGGUGUCAAAUCGAAAUCGGAAAUGACGAUGGCGAAAAAACCUCAAAAAAUCGGUCUUUUAACCAGAAACAGUAAAGGAGAAUUAGACGGAAACGUUACGAAUUCACAAAAAAAAAUUUACGACGCAAUCGCAGCAGCUAGCAUUUUCACAAAUUGUGCUGGAAUUGAUACAAAUAAUUCUCAGGUUAUUACUAUUUCGACGUUUACGAAAUUUUUGGAAACUAGACAAAUGGAAAUUUGGACUGAAAAUGACGUAAAGGGGUUAAUCCAAAGACACGAACCCGAUGCGACUUUAAGAUCACAAAAUUGUUUAUCAUUCGAGGGUUUUGCAAGGUAUUUAAUGGAUAAAGACAAUUUCGCGUUUGUUAAUGAAAGGGAAUUUCCGCUCGAUGAUGAAAUGAAUCGACCCAUGUCAACUUAUUACAUCGCUUCUUCUCAUAACACUUAUUUAACGGGUCAUCAAUUAAAAGGGGAAUCUUCCGUUGAAUUAUACAGCCAAGUCCUGUUAACUGGAUGUCGAUGUAUCGAAUUAGAUUGUUGGGAUGGCGAAGAUGGUAACCCGAUGAUUUAUCACGGUCACACUUUUACAACAAAAAUUCCUUUCAACGCCGUUGUUGAAGCGAUCGAAAAGAAUGCUUUCGUAACGUCGCCUUAUCCGGUUAUUUUGUCGAUUGAAAAUCAUUGUUCGUUACAACAACAAAGCAGGAUGGCGCAUACGUUUCAGAAAGUUUUUGGGGAAAAAUUGGUUUCCAAUUUCUUAUUCGAAUCGGAUUACGGCGAUGAUCCUUCUUUACCAUCACCCGAACAAUUAAAGUAUCGGAUUUUAAUCAAAAAUAAAAAGUUAGUUAUGGAUGUACCACCUCAGGUUGCUAACUUUUCGAUUAUUUCAACACCAGUAAGAUCAACAUAUAGAACUCAAAGCGGAGUUCGUCACUCAGUUCCCGGAAGAACAAGUUCGAUUAUAAGCAAUACCAGCAGUAGCUCUUUUAACGAUGAUUACAGCGAUGACGAAUUCGACGAUGAAGAUGACGAAGACAACAUAGAUGAGAAAACAAUUCAUGGUAUAAUUCCAAGCACUGAUUCCCCGAGAUCAAUCGGCAUAUCACACACCAUAUCAAAAACAAGCUCGACCAAAAGACCGAAUCCCGAUGAUAAAUUAAAGAAACGAAGUAGUCAAAUUUCAAAGGACCUCUCAGAUUUAGUCGUUUACGUUCAAGCGAUAAAAUUUCGCGGUCUCAACACAAUCUCGCCAAGUUCUUCGGUGAAACAACGCAACCAAAGGAUAAUGUCAACGUUACCAUCGUCGUGUAGCUCAACGAUUACUCCAACAGCAACAAACAGCGCGAAUUCAACGUCAACAAACAUCUCCUCGUCAACGGCAUCUUCGGAAUUAAUGGAAAUCCCUGUUUUCGAUGAAAAAACGAUCCCGGAAGUAAUUAAACCGACUCAAAAUCCAACCGAAUCGCGAAUAACAACCAAAAACGCCAACAUAACAAACGCCGCGUGUUUCCAAUGUUCAUCAAUUAACGAGAAUACAGCGAAAAAAUUGUGCCGAAAACAACCUUUAGGGUUGGUGGCGCACACGGAAAGUCAAUUAAUGCGGACUUAUCCCGCCGCGAUGAGAAUUGAUAGUUCUAAUUUUAAUCCGGUUGUGUUUUGGUCGUUUGGUAUCCAAUUGGCGGCGUUAAAUUAUCAAACUGAAGAUAUUUCGAUGCAAUUAAACACCGCGUUGUUUGAAACCAACGGGAGAGUUGGUUAUGUGAGCAAACCGAACGUGAUGUGGGAUAAAUUCCACGUUAUGUAUCGAAGAUUUAAUCCGUGGGAUAAAGAAUUCGAUGGGAUUCAUUCGUCCAUGUUCGUUAUUAACAUAGUUUCGGGACAAUACGUUUCUGUAACGAAUGUUAAUUUAAGUACACUGGUGGAGAUUGAAAUUAUCGGAAUCCCCGUUGAUUGCAACAAACAAAAAACGAAAAUUUCCCAAAAGAAUGCUCUAAACCCAAUUUGGAAUGAGUCGUUUAAUUUUCGAGUUUUAUUCCAAGAUUUGGCAUUUUUAAGAUUCUCCGUUAUCGACGCGACGAGUAAUCAUAUGAUAUCGCAGAGGAUAUUUCCGUUGAAGAAUUUACGACCGGGGUAUCGCCAUUUAAGAUUAAGAACGCCUCAAAAUAAACCGUUAAAUAUGUCAACGUUGUUUAUUUACUCCCAUAUUGAAGAGGAAUCGUUGGAAAAUUCCAAAAUCGAAACGAUCAAGAAAACGACGUCAACGAUAAAUGAGUAUAAGAUAGCGACUACGAUUUCCGGGACACCUUUAUGUAUUAAAAGGAGGAUGUUUUUUUUGAUGGUUUAUGGGGUGGUUUCGGAGGAACCUUACACAAUUUUGAAGAUAACCCAAGAAAGCACCACGCAAGACGUUUUAUUAUUAGCCUUACAAAAAAUGAGUCAACAAUCAGAAAAAAUCAACGAUUAUAUUUUAGUUGAAGAGGUCGCGCGGGGUUGGGAAAAAAAGGACCAUCAACUCCCCGCGACACAACGCGUUUUAGAUCUACAAGAGCGCCCACUACAAGCACAAAGCCAAUGGAAAGGCGAUGGGAGAUUCAUUUUGAAGAGAAUGGGAGAUGAUCCAAGUUCAAGGGCGUGGUUAUCAUCGAUAAGAAGUGUCGCAUCGCGCGAAAGAGAAGCGAGAAAAUCAGAUUCAAGCCCGACUAAUACUUGGUUAGAAAACGACACAUUCUUAGUUUGUAUUUAUAACGUUUCCCCCCAAAUUCCUUACGCGAUCUUAAAAGUACCAUUAAACGCGUGCUCUCAAGAUGUUUUAGCGCAAGCUUUAGUCAAAGCGCGCCGAUUAGAAGAACCAUUAAACUUCGUCAUCGUUGAGGAGUUAGAAUUCGGCGGAACUAACCACAACAUCCAAAUUAGACCGCUAGAUGAUUUCGAAAACGUUUAUAGCGCCCAAUCGCAUUGGCAAACAAUAGGAAGAUUCGUAAUGCAAGAAAGAUCAUCCGUCGUAACCCCCACGAGUUUAAGAAAAAACCGAAUCACCUCAAGUUUGCGAUUAGCAACUUUAGACAAAAUCAGUAAAAGUUUUAUUUCUGCUAAAAACAUUGCGAAAUCACCAGUUCAAAUCGCACUCAGCGAUCCAUCCUCAUCGAAAUUCUCAAAACCACCGAAAAACGAUGAUUCAAAAAAAAAUUCUUCAAUUAAACAAUCGACAAGUUCGACUUCGUCAAAUAACCAACAAAAAAUUAAUCGAAGUUAUAACCGCGAAGUUCAUUCCGAAGGUGAGACUUUAACCGAAGAUGAAGAAUCGAAAGAAAACGAUUUGAUGUCGACCGUUUCGAGAUUAAAAAAAGUGUCGUUGAGGAAAUUGAAAGAGUGGAAAUCAUGAUUGUCAAACGAUGACUGAGAAAGUGUUGGGAAUGAGACGUUUUGGGAAAUUUGGGAACAAAAUAGAAAUAAUAACGCGAUUAAAUUCGCGUUGGAUUAUUUCGAAAAGAUGAAAAAAUAAUAAAAUAAAGAUUGGCCGAAACAAUUAAAAGAUUAAAUCCAAGUAUAAUCGAAUCUAAAUUCUUUUUUAUUUCAUCAAAUGUGUGCCUUGAAAAAUUUGGCAUUCAAAAUUAAUUUAAAACUUAACCACCUAAAAAAAAAUAAAACCAAAAAUUUAUUUUAAUCGAUAAAGAAAAAAGAAUUCAAUUAUAUUUGGAUAAUUUUAAAAAAGAAUUAAGUACGCUUGGAUUUGAAGUUAUAAUAACGUUUUAAAAUUUUAAAAUAAGCUCUAUAUUUAUUAAAGAAAAAAAAAUAUAUUUCCAUUUUUGCCUACCUUGUGAUGGCUUAAAAUUGCCACGAAGGUUUCAAUGUUUUUACAUAUCCCAAAAGUACAUAAACUUCUUUAACAUAUUAAAAAAAAAAAUAAACCUAAAUAAUAUAAACGUAUAAAAUGUUGUGUAUAAAUACUGUAUUAAAGAUUUUUACUUCUUACACCGUCUUAUACGUUAGUCGUGUACCGAAAGAUGGUUAAUUAAUUAAUAAAAUAAAUGUUAUUAAUUGUAUUUAUUACCGCAUUAAUAAAUUAAUUAAAUUGAUAAAAAUAUAUAGAAUUAAGAAGUAGUGUUUCUAAGAAAAUAUGAGAGAAAUAUUGUAUAAAAAAAUUAUGAUGAGAAAUAACUCUAAUAAUACUAAUUAGUUGAUAAGUAUGUGAGGGAUGAAACGUAAUUUAAUAAAUAAAUAUUUAUUGUUAAAUAAAUAAUAUCGGGUUAAUUUUUUUCGCGUAGUACAAAUUUUUAAUUGAAAAAUCACCAUAUACGUUCUUUUUAAGUACUGUUAAAUCUAAACGAUUUAUAAAAACUUAUUAAAAUAAUACAAAUUGUCGACUUUGAA